AUGUCUGACAAUGUGGGCCUCACGACGCCGCGCGGCAGCGGCACUUCAGGCUACGUCCAGCGCAACCUAGCCUACCUCAAGCCCCGCGACCGCGCCGCCCCCUACCCCAAAGACUUCGACAGCAUGCGCCACCGGCAACGGCAGCCGGACAAGGAGAUCCUGGAGCACGACCGCAAGCGGGAGGUCGAGGUCAAGGUAUUUGAGCUGCGGGACCGGCUGGAGGACGAAGGGGUGGAUGAAGACGAGAUCGACACGCAGUGCGACAAGCUCCGAAAAGAACUGCUGGCCAAGAUGGAGAAGGGAGUCAAGGACUCGAUGCCUAAGAGGGCCCUCAAGCAGUACCAGGUCCACGAGAUGGCCGAGGCGAAGAUCAAGGAGAGCGAGAGGUUGCGGAGCGCGCUCAAGAUUAGCAAGGAUUACCAGGAGGGCAAUCACUGGAAGAGGCAGGAGGAGCGGCUGAAGAAGGCGCUGGAGAAGGACGAU